GUGAACUGCGGGGGCAGACGGAGUGGAUUGCGGCAGUCCUCGACAGCGGAAAGAGCCUCAAAUAAGGAUUUUUCAUCGAGCUGUAUCGACUCACAACUCCCGCUUUUAUUUCAUUUUCGCCUACUUCCUCUUGGAAUCCGACACACGGAACUUUUGGCCUGCGUGGAGUUCGUGGAGCCGUGUGUUUUCAGAUAUGGACAGUCGGCGAGCCGCUGCAGGGAGCGCCUGGCCGGUGGACACUCAGUAGUCCGGGGGAAUCAAACUGCUAACUCACCGUCUGGGACUUUUCACUGGAUGUUUGAUGAAGCGCUUCGCAUUAUCGCUCAGCUCUGGGACCGCGUGGAUUUACCAGGUUCACAAACGGAUUGAUACUCGUGAUUCCGUGUCGACGACGAGAAGGAUUUACGCUUUUAAAGUUACAGGAAAAACAUGGAGACUGUAAGUCGGCAGAGCUUCCAGCCUCAUCCGGGACUGCAACAAACUCUGAAGCAGUUUCACCUCAGCUCUAUGAGCUCUCUGGGCGGACCGGCGGCGUUCUCUGCCCGGUGGCAACAUGAGCUCCUCUUCAAGAAGGACGGGAAGGAGCCCGAGCCGGUUCUGCAGCAUCUGCCGCCGCCGGUGAUGCCUGGCCCGCUCUUCAUCCCGUCGGACCGCUCCACGGAGAGGUGCGAGACGGUGCUGGAGAGCGAGACCAUCUCGUGCUUCGUGGUCGGUGGGGAAAAGCGGCUGUGCCUGCCGCAGAUCCUCAACACGGUGCUGCGGGACUUCACCCUGCAGCAGAUAAACUCGGUGUGCGACGACCUGCACAUCUACUGCUCCCGGUGCACGGCGGACCAGCUGGAGAUUCUCAAAGUCAUGGGAAUCUUGCCCUUUUCGGCGCCGUCCUGCGGCCUCAUCACCAAGACGGACGCCGAGCGGCUCUGCAACGCCCUGAUCUACGGAGGCGCCUACCCGCCGCGCUGCAAGAAAGAGCUGAGCGGAGGCUCACUGGAGCUCGAGCUCACCGAGAGGAGCUUCAAAGUCUACCACGAGUGUUUCGGCAAGUGCAAAGGCUUGUUCGUGCCGGAGCUGUACACCAGCCCCAACGCAGCGUGCAUCCAGUGCAUGGACUGCAGGCUCAUGUACCCGACGCACAAGUUCGUGGUGCACAGUCACAAGGCACAGGAGAACAGGACUUGCCACUGGGGCUUCGACUCGGCCAACUGGAGGGCGUACAUCCUCUUGGGCCAGGAUUACUCUGGGAAAGAGGAGAAGGCCCGUCUGGAGCAGCUCCUGGACGAGAUCAAGGAGAAAUUUGACUUCGCCAACAAGUAUAAGAGGAAAGCAUCAUCCAGGGUGUCUGAUCCAAUCCCGAUCAAAAAGUCCAAACAUGAAGACUUCCCAUCGCAGUCCCUGCUGGCUGACAAAGAGAAGCAGCACGACUGGCUACAGGCCCUGUCCGCCUCCAAUAAGGGGCUUAACUGCAUUCAGCCCAGACAGAGGCCCUCAGCUUUCAGACCGUGGUCCCCCCACAUCUCCGCUGGUGAGAAGGAGCCCUCCAGUCAUCCCCUGGCCCUGCUGAGAGACAGCUUCUACAAUUACAAGAGUCUGGAGAAAGCUGUGGCUCCCAAUGUCGCCCUCGCGCCGCUGCCCCUGGGGAGGGUGGGUCCCAUGUCCCCGUCGGUACCCAGCACCUCCCAUCCAAGUGGAGGCGAGCCUCCUGGUGAGGGCGCUAACGCCACCUCAAGGCCUCGCAAGAGAAGAACUACAGGGGACAUCCUGCCGCCGGUGCCAGAGGCCCCCUGCCCUCCGUCCUCAGCUGCCAGCAAGCCACCACCCACACCGCCACCGCCUCAGGAGGACAAGGAUUCUGAGGUGGAGAUUGAAGUGGAGAGCCGUGACGAAUUCACUUCGUCCCUUUCGUCCCUGUCAUCACCAUCUUUCACCUCGUCCAGCAGCUCAGCCAAGGACUUGAGCUCGCCGGGCGCCCAAGGGCCCAUCUGCACAGUCAUGUCGGCCGAGGGCCUUGCCCCCGCAGCUGCACCUGUCCCAAUCCCCGUUACCCCUUCAGAGCUGGGGCUGGAGUCGGAGCUGGAGAGCCUGAGGCAGGCCCUGGACAGCGGACUGGACUCCAAAGAGUCAAAGGAGAAGUUUCUGCACGAGAUAGUGAAGAUGAGGGUGAAGCAGGAAGAGAAGUUGGGAUCGGCUCUGCAGGCCAAACGCAGCCUCCAGCAGGAGUUGGAGUUCUUGCGGGUGGCUAAGAAGGAGAAGCUGCGGGAGGCGACCGAGGCAAAGCGCAACCUGAGGAAGGAGAUUGAGCGCCUGCGAGCCGAGAGCGAGAAGAAGAUGAAAGAAGCCAACGAGUCGCGGAUCCGUCUGAAGCGGGAGCUGGAGCAGGCCCGGCAGCUUAGAGUGUGCGACAAAGGCUGCGAGGCCGGCCGUCUUCGCGCAAAAUACUCAGCACAGAUCGAGGACCUUCAGAUGAAGCUGCAGCAUGCUGAGGCCGACCGGGAGCAGCUCCGAGCCGACCUGCUUCAGGAGCGGGAGGCCAGGGAGCACCUGGAGAGGGUGGUAAAGGAGCUACAGCAGCAACUCUGGCCCAAAUCCAAUGCGGACAAGGAGGGGACGCCCAAGGACAUGCCAGCAGUCAACUAACCCAGCAGUCAACCUCACUACCCGACCAUUCCCACCCAUUGCCAUGAUCCCUAACUUCCUUUGCCCAAAUUUGACCAUUACUACACCCAGGAGUCGGGACCGGCACUGUCUAUCAUGCUCGCCCUCCAGGACACUAAAAUAAAAGACUCUCACUCUCUGACCAGAGACAGAGAGAAGAAAUCAGAACCUGUGUCCUUGUCUAUGCCCACAAAAAUUAAAGUGAGGAGCUUCCUUGGACUGGAAACAGCAGUACAAUGCUGCAACAAGGAAACAGGUCUUUCUAAAUCAAGCACUGACUUGCACCUUCCAAACUCGCAGAACUAGAAACUGGAUCACAAGAGAGCAAGAAAAAUGGAACAAAAUGUGGCUUUGCCUGUAUUUUGAGGCGAGACUUUUGGACAGACGUCUGUGAAAAUAAAUGCUGAAAGAUUAUCAUGUGAUAUUCUCGUUCUUCAGCUGUUUGGAGGUGAUCCAGCAGUGCGUCCAGGAGGGCAGGACUCACACUCAACCCCCCAGUUUCCCAAAAAGUCUUUAGCACCGUCCCCCGCCGUGAAGAAGACUGAGGAUUUUGAAGACAUUCUAAGCUAUUUAAGAGACUACAUAGCGACAUGUAAAGAAAAAAAAAGGACAGUUUCUCUGUUUCUCUGUGCUAUUGAAGUUUGAACAUAUAAAAGAUUAAAAAUCAAAUCAGAAGAUGAACAAAACAGCAAAUGAACUUUCCACAGUGCCACCGUGGUUUUGUCGGUCUUUCAGGAAGUCAUCGCAGUCCACUGAGGGGGAAAGCAACCCAUCUUUUCCUCCCAUUGAUGUUUUAUAAAAUCUUUUCUUUUGACAUAUGUCUGAGCAGUGGGUGGGCUUGCAUUCGCUCUUUCCGGAGUGGCAAUAAAAACAUGCUGUGUUAAAGGCACCUUCUUAGUGAGCACUUGUUCUGGAUGAUCUAUAACAGUCAGUACGUUUACAUGCACAGUUAAGUGGAGCUACAGUUAUGGCUCGAUUAGUCCAUUUAAUUGGACUACUGUCCUUGUCCCAGUAUACAAGCACUGGGGGAGAAUCCAUUUAUUGAUGGAAGUAUGUAAAACUCAGUCAGGUGGCGAUACGCUCUCUUUCAGCUUGUUGCUAUUGGACCUUCCAGUUGACCUUUUACGUCACUUACCAAACAAAUGGGUUGCAUGUUGAACAACAUGAAUAACUUUUCAGCACUGUACACUGCAUGCGUAUUUUUUACCUUGGUUUUGUUUUGUUUUCUUCCCUUCUUUUUCUUUUGUUUCUCCGGCCUUUCUUCUACAAAUUUAUCCUAUCUGACUUCAGGGUCAAAGCCCGGUGCAGGCAAUAUGGAGCAUGUGCAGAAUGCCUAGGACAGUUCAGGUGUGAUUGAGGCGCAUGUAUGAAAGAGUAAAUCAAUCCCCAACCACAUUAUCGAGGCGUUAGUCCAACUUUGAGAAACUCAACUUAGCACGAUUUCAGUGGGACUAACAAGUUUACGUUUCAAAGCUUCAGUUUUAGUCAGACUAACACAAUAAUUCCACUUUUCUAACAUCAUGUAAACGUACUGAGUAUCCAACAGUCUCAGUGUUGCUCCCAUUAAGUCACACUCUGUUUGCCAGGUGUUAUUUGAAGCAUUUGGGUCAAAACCCUGAAGUGUGUAUCUUGUAAAGAUACUCCACAUGCAAGCGUGUACUUGUGGUUGUAACACUUGAGUGAUAAGAGCCGGCAUGUUUUUACCCCAAUUGGCACCAGGAGCAUCAUCAGUGGGCAGUGGGUGGGUGGGCUGGAUGAGGCACUCUUGGCAAGAACCACAAAAUGUUCAUUUUAAUUAAAUUAAGGUAUGUAAAUAUAAAUAUAUGUUGUUUUUGUUUCAGUUUUUUUUUUUUUUUUUGGACUUUACAAUAAUGAAUCGCACUUUGUCAUAACAAAAAUACUGUUAUAAAGCAUUGUACUCCCACUAUUGUCUUCAAUCUUACUUUGAAAACAUCAUCGUAUUACACGACUGCUACCAUAUAAACUCAGUAAGCAUUUUGUUGAUUAUAUGCAUCUCGAAUAAAUAAUGUUCUGUUUUCUUAAGGCAAAGUCUUGUAAAUAAAUGGAAAGAAAAGAGGCUCUACCUGUUGCUUGCUGAUGCAGUCUGGGAUUGGUGGAAAGUUUUUGAGCAAAGCACUCUCAUGUUUUUGUAAUAUAAUUGACACAAACGAGCUCCCGGUUACAAUUUAACAAAGCUCCGUUAACAGCAUGCAUCGGCAAGGUGAAUUUUUAUUGGAGCCUGGACGAAAAGUCAAAGAAUGAAAUCUGAUUUUAUUCAAAAAAGGCAGCGGCUGCGACUCUGACGUCACACAAGUGGGUACAAUGCAAUCAGAAUGUACAUUGUGAUAAUGCUAUUUUUCCUUUGGUUGUUGAUGUUGUUUUUUAACGUGGAGAUAUUUUAUUGCUCGUCUGUUCUGUUCACUGUUUUCAAUUGAAAACUCAUAUUUUCUUUAUGCAUGAAAUUUGAGUUUGCCAUACAUAUAGUCAGUUAUUGGGCAUUGAUACUGUACAUGUAAAGGUUUUAUUGUGUCAUGCAAUAUAAAGCAAUUUGUCUUAUUUAGAAGAGGAAAAAAAGAACACAGUAUAUUGCUCUUAAGAAAAACAAAAAAACUUCACACUUGCAAAAAAACAAAAGAGAAAAAAAAAAAGUCAAUGCAAUGCUGGACAACCUCAAGUGCCUAAACGUGGGCGAAAGGUUUCCAGAGAAGGAAAACUGAUGAUGAAGCUGUUGGGGCUGGGCCUCUCAUCUAUUUCCUGUUUGCAGGUUUCAAAUUAAAAGCCCCUCCCUAUGCUCAGCAGCUCUUUUUAUCAGUAUUCUUAAAACCAACCAGUUUACAAAGUUUCUUUUAUUUCAGUGCAGAGAACAAUUGAACAAAUGCUAGACGCUUUUUUUUCCUGAAUGAGUGCUUUUUUUUUUUCUUUAUUUGAAAUCAAUGAUAUGCAUGUUCAAACAAUUUUUUAUAUAAGAUCUUGAAAAAGCCACUUGCUUUGGUGAAUUGUUACUUUGGGUUGUAUAUAGAGACUGUUUAUUCCCAGUUUGUUGAGGAUAACAAAGAGGGCAUUACGUUUAAAGCCCUUUUCUUAUUGAACAUUAUCGAUGUUGCUCAGAGAACGACACCGCAUCUGCGACUUUGGCAGACCUAAAAUUGGUACAUUUUGUAGUUGUUUUUACACUCAAAAGAGUCAAUAGCCUAUGUGUAGUUUACUUUACUCAUGGUUUUCUACAAAAGAAGGGAGACAAUAAUGACAUUGGCUCUUCGCUCUCCCGAAAAAGAAAAAUAACAGCGUCUUAUUUUCUAAAGGAAAAUCAUUUUGCUAAAUAAUGGACAGCAAAGCAGCAAUAACAGUCCAUAUUAAUAGACAAAUACUAGCCAGUGUGAAGAUUUGAAUAAGAAUUUACAAAUGUAAAUAUUUUUUUCAUUUUACGAUAUUGUAUAAUAUAUGUACAUGGUGUUUUUCCUUUUUCAAAAAGAAAUCUUUUCUUACAAUAGCUGUCUUGUUUUUUUUUUUAAUUUGUGUUUUAACUGAGAUGUUUCAAAAACAGCAGUGCGUAAGAGGAUAUUCCCUACAUAAAACAUUUUAAUCCAUUUCUUUACAUUUUUUUUUACUGUAGAGUCUUUAUAUUGAAUGACUUUUUUCACCUGUUCAUAUAUAUUUUUAACAGUAUGUUCAGUAUCAGAUAGCAGACCCACCGUACGGGUCCUCUCUCUCUUCUCUCUCUCUCUCUCUCUCUCUCUCUCUCUCUCUCUCUCUCUCUCUCUCUCUCUCUUACUCUACACACACACACACACACACACACACACACAUGGCUGCGCCACCUUGCAGAUUGUUUCCCCCUCAUCCUCAUUUAUCUUUUUAGCCCUGUGCUGCUGCUAAUACUAUAUAAACCUUACAAUUCUAGAAAUAUUUUUAUGUAAGAGGUUAAUGUAAGCUUUUCCAUUCAUUAAUGCCACAUAUACAGUAUGAGAAAAAAAGCUUGGCUUAUUCAUCUAUCUUCCUUGUUUUCCUUCAUCUCUUCACGCCUUUUUCCACAUCCAACUACAACCCCGCCCCCACCCCCCCUCCUCUCUCACGACACGGACUAUAUUGUAAAGUAAAGGACUUUAUGAGAUUAUGUUUGAAAAUAGCUAUGCUUAUAUACUACAGUGACUGAAUGUACAGUGUAUAGAUGCAUUACCAGAAAUAAAGUUGUUUGUCCAGAUUGAA